AUGGUUCUGUUGGUCAGCGGUGGACACAUGAAGGUAGGAAUAAAUAAAGUGAAACCCACCUCUGGGGGAGUUGCAGAGAUUGGUACUGCCAUGGGCACUGAUUCCUGUCAACUGCAGAGAUCGCUGCCUGAUCUCCCACAGGCCUAUCAAGUGGUGCUCCUCUCUUUGGCCGAAAUGUUAGCAUUCCCAAGGAAUGAAGCUUUUGGUUUCCUGUGGAUUUCUUGUGUUGUCAGCUCUACGUGGCUUCAGCAAGGAGCCGAAGCCUUUCAGUGCAGCAGCGGGUUGUCCUUGCCUCCUGACAACGUGUGUGACUUCACAGAUCAGUGUGGGGACAAGAGCGAUGAAGAGCAAUGCUCCAAUUAUGAAAGAUGUGAUUUUGAGAACGGGCUCUGUGGUAUGACACAAGAUCAGAGUCUGCAACCUGGCUGGACAAAGAGAAAUGGGCUGGCUGGUCACUCACCUCCAUUUUAUGAUCACAAUGGGGAUAUGGCUGCCCGCUUCCUCUCGCUGGUCUCCAAAGUGGAUUCUACUUCCGCAAACUUAAGGAGCAGAGUUUUUCUUCCGACAAAUACCCAACAUUCCUGUCAGAUUACAUUUUACUACUUCUCCAGUCAAGCGAGUGGCAAAUUAAGAGCAGGCCUUCAAACUACAUGUGGGGGUCCCAUGCGGCAUUUAUGGCAAAACACAGCUGGGCUUCAGAAUCAGUGGGAGAGAAAUGUCAUGAGGAUCCAGAGCAAGCAGAAAUUUCAGGUUGUUUUUCAAGGUCAAAUAAUUCCAAGUCCUGAACAGGAUGAAGUCAUAGCUAUUGAUGAUAUAUCUUUCAGUUCAGGCUGCUUGCCUGCGAAUAAUGAAAUCUUACCAUGUCAAGAAACAUUGAAUAUGGAGCAGGAACUGUGCCAUCUAGACUCACGUCUCUGCAGUUUUGAUUCUACAGAUGAAGGAUUGAGGUUAUGUCAGGUCUGUGGAUUUGAAUCUGACAUGUGUGACUGGGCAUCAGAAACAUCUGCUGGGCAAAUUUCCUGGAUGCGCAUAAAAGCAAGAGAAGUUCUUACAUUAGAAUCUAUGCUUCAGCAGGGUCAAAGUAAUGAUGAUGAAGAUUACUAUAUGUGGCUAGGAGCUAAGGAUGAUUCUACUCUCCCUCAUUUAGACAGCAAGGCUUAUUUAAAUAGCUCUGUGUACCACUGCCUGGGCAAGAGAUGCCAUCUUCAAUUCCAUUACUCUAUGGAAAACAGUGUUCUGAGGGUAGUACUCUAUAGUGAUGAGGAAGAAGAGAUAUUUUGGACAUACAAUGCAUCAACAGACAGAAAAUGGGUGAAAGCAGAGGUGUUGAUACCAGAAGGACUGAAGACAUUUAAGAUUAUCUUUGAAGGGACUCUUCUGAGCCAGAAAGGUUUCAUUGGGCUGGAUCAGCUCUGGGUCUAUGCCUGUGCACAUGCCCCAUCCAGAGGGCUUUGCUCUCCAGAUGAAUUCACUUGCGCCAGCGGCCAGUGCAUCGCCCAGGAAUUGGUCUGCGACUCUCAGCGGGACUGUUCUGAUGAGAGUGAUGAAGACCCAGCAACUUGCGCAAAUCAACUCAUGUGUGACUUUGAGUCUGGUUUCUGCGGCUGGGAACCAUUUCUCACAGAAGAUUCACACUGGGAGUUCAUGAAAGGAUUGACCAGUGGAGACAGCUACCUUCCUGAUGCUGAUCACAUAGCAAAUACAAAUCAUGGGUCAUUCAUUUAUUUCAGGUCACAUCGGUUUCCAGGAGUGGUCAAGCUUGGAAGUCCUGUUCUUACAAAAGCACGCACUGCCUCUGCUCCAUGUCAGGUGCGAUUUUGGUAUCAUUUGUCUCAGCAUGCACGUCUCUCGGUCUUUACACGAACAUCACUGGAUGGGGAUUUGCAAAAGCAAGGUGAUCUAACUGGAGUCGCCACAUCUCAGUGGAAACAAGCAAAAAUCGAUCUCUCUGUGAAGCCUGGAGAAUCUGCUCUACCUUUUCAGUUGAUUUUAGAAGCUACUGUUUUCUCAUCAAAUGCUACUGCUGCUCUAGAUGACGUCAGUAUAUCCCAGGAAUGUGAGAUUUCAGAGAAGUCACUCCCAGAUACCAGCAUACUAGGAAAAGGUUCCAAAUGUGACUUUGAAGCAAAUAGCUGUGGUUGGUUUGAAGCAAUUAGUGGUGACCAUUUUGACUGGAUGUGGAACUCUAGAAGUAACCUUUCAGCUGAGUUUGAAAAACAGGCUCCACCUUGGGAUCAUACUCACAACACAGCUGAAGGGCAUUUUAUGUUCAUUCUGAAGAAAAGCAGAAGCUUGUCACAAGUUGCUAAACUCCAGAGCCCAACUUUCAGCCAGGCGGGACCUGGAUGCACACUUUCCUUCUGGUUUUACAACUACGGCCUGUCCGUGGGAGCAGCCGAGCUACAGCUCCAUGUGGAAAAUUCCAGCGAGCCUACGGUACUCUGGAGAGUAUUAUAUAACCAGGGCAACCAGUGGUCCCAGGCCACUGUUCAGCUUGGACGCCUUACCCAGCCCUUCCAUUUGUCACUAGAUAAAGUCAGUCUCGGCAUUUAUGAUGGGGUCUCAGCUAUCGAUGAUAUCAGAUUUGAAAAUUGUACUCUUCCCCUUGCCGUGGAGAGCUGUGAAGAGCCAGGUUUUUUCUGGUGUCGACACACCAAGGCUUGCAUUGAGAAGCUUCUGCUAUGUGAUCUGGUGGACGACUGUGGUGAUCGCACUGAUGAGGUCAACUGUGUACCUGAGCUACAGUGUGACUUCGAAAGUGGAAUUUGCAACUGGGAACAAGAUACAGAAGAUGACUUUGAUUGGACCAGGAAGCAGGGUCCAACCCCAACACUUAAUACAGGGCCGAUGAAGGAUAAUACUUUGGGCACAGCUGAAGGGCACUAUGUCUACAUAGAAUCUUCCGAGCCACAGGUUUUCCAGAACAGAGCCGCUUUGCUCAGCCCUGUCCUUAAUGCCACUGACGCAGACGGCUGCACCUUCCGCUUCUAUUACCACAUGUUUGGGAAGCACAUUUACAGGCUGGCCAUCUACCAGCGCAUCUGGAGCAACACAAGAGGACAGCUGCUGUGGCAGAUAUUUGGGAACCAAGGCAACAGAUGGAUAAGGAAACACCUCAACGUUUCCAGCAGGAGGCCUUUUCAGAUUUUGGUGGAGGCUUCCAUAGGAGAUGGCUUCACUGGGGACAUUGCAAUUGAUGAUUUGUCAUUCAUGGACUGUAACCUUUACCCUGGUAAUUUGCCAGUGGAUCUCCCAACUCCACCAGAAAUAUCAGUUCCAGUAACAUUACCUCCACACAACUGUACAGACGAUGAAUUUGUUUGCAGGUCCAGUGGUCACUGUGUUGAAAAAAUCCAGAAAUGUGAUUUUAGAUAUGAUUGCCCUGACCAAUCAGAUGAAUCCCUGUGUGCCAUGAAAACGUGCAGCUUUGAGAAAGGGAGCCUGUGUGAAUGGUACCAGCCAAUCCCAGAAACUCUCCUUCGAGAUUCAAACACAUUCAGGUGGGGACUUGGCAAGGGAACGAGUAUUCAUCAUGGGGAAGAGAAUCACAGGCCAUCCGUGGAUCACACAACAAAUACCACAGAUGGCUGGUAUCUGUAUGCUGACAGCUCAAAUGGAAAAUUUGGUGACAUGGCUGAUAUCCUCACUCCUGUUAUUUCACGCACGGGGCCAAAAUGCACUCUGGUGUUCUGGACUCAUAUGAAUGGUGCUACAGUUGGUUCUCUCCAGGUGCUCAGCAAGAAAGACAAUGUUACUUCUAAACUGUGGGCUCAAAGUGGACAGCAGGGUACCCAGUGGAAAAAAGUGGAAGUGUUUUUAGGAGUUCAAUCACAUAUACAGAUUGUCUUUAGGGCGAAGCGUGGUGUCAGUUACAUGGGAGAUGUAGCAGUGGAUGACAUUUCCUUUCAAGAUUGUUCCCCCCUACUUAGCCCUGACAGAAAGUGUACCGCUCAAGAAUUCAUGUGUGCAAAUAGGCACUGCAUUGCAAAGGACAAGCUGUGUGAUUUUGUCAACGAUUGCGCUGAUAAUUCAGACGAGUCUCCUUUCAUUUGCAGUACCUCCAGUGGGCGCUGUGAUUUUGAAUUUGACCUUUGUUCCUGGGAGCAGGAGCAGGAUGAUGAUUUUGACUGGAAUCUGAAAGCUAGCAGCAUCCCUACUGUAGGCACUGAGCCAGCUGCUGAUCACACGUUCCGGAACUCUUCUGGGCAUUACAUCUUUAUAAAGAGCUUGUUCCCUCAGCAGCCCAUGAGAGCAGCCAGAAUUUCAAGCCCAGUCAUAAGCAGAAGAAGCAAAAACUGCAAGAUCAUUUUUCAUUAUCAUAUGUAUGGAAAUGGAAUUGGGUCGCUCACCUUGGUCCAGGUAUCAGUCUCAAACCAAACAAAGGUUCUACUUAACCUCACCGUAGAGCAAGGCAAUUUCUGGCAGCGGAAAGAAAUAUCACUGUCUGGCGAAGAGGACUUCCAACUCAAAUUUGAAGGUAGAGUUGGGGAAGGACACCGUGGUGAUAUUGCCCUGGAUGACAUUGUGCUUACAAAUGGAUGUCUGCCAUCCCAUUGGCCCAUGGAAGAAGAACCAGCAGCACCUCUCCCAACAGGUCGCUGCCCUCAUGGCUAUCGGGAAUGUCAGAAUGGCAAAUGUUACAGACCAGAGCAAAGCUGUAAUUUUGUAGAUGACUGUGGAGAUUCUACUGAUGAAAAUGGAUGUGGUGCCUCCUGUACUUUUGAGAAAGGCUGGUGUGGCUGGCAGAACUCCCUGGCUGAAAACUUUGAUUGGGUUUUGGGGGUUGGCUCUCAUCAAAGCCUACGACCUCCCAGAGAUCACACGCUUGGAAACGAGAACGGGCACUUCUUGUAUCUGGAGGCGACGCCAGUGGGCCUUCAGGGCGAAGAAGCACACCUCAAGAGUGCCGUGUGGCAGGAGUCCAGUGCUGCCUGCACCAUCAGUUUCUGGUAUUUCAUAUCUGCAAAAGCCACAGGGGCCAUUCAGAUUCUCAUUAAGACCGAGAAAGGACUGUCAAAAGUGUGGCAAGAAAGUGGGCAGAACUCUGGUGAUCGGUGGCAGAAGGCUGUCAUCCUGCUAGGCAAGUUAAGGAAUUUUGAAGUCAUAUUUCAAGGCAUCAGAACAAGAGAUCUGGGAGGAGGAGCUGCAAUUGAUGACAUCGAAUUUAAAAACUGCACAACUGUGGGAGAGACUUCUGAGAUUUGCCCAGAAGCCACUGACUUUUUGUGCGACGACAAGAAGUGUGUGGCAUCUCACCUUGUCUGUGACUAUCAACCAGACUGCCCUGAUAGGUCUGAUGAGGCUCACUGUGGCCAGUAUACAAGCACAACAGGAAGUUGUAAUUUUGAAACAACUUCAGGGAACUGGACCACAGCCUGCAGUCUUGCUCAGGACUCUCAAGAUGACUUGGACUGGGCUAUUGGCAAUAGAAUUCCUGCUGAGGCCCUGAGUCCAGACUUCGAUCACACACCAGGGAGCGGCCAGCACUUCCUGUAUGUCAACUCAUCUGGCCCCAAAGAAGGCCACACAGCAAGAAUCACUACUUCACAAUACUUUCCGGCAAGCCUCGGAGUGUGUACCGUUCGGUUCUGGUUCUACAUGGUUGAUCCAGGAAGUGCGGGGAUAUUAAAGAUAUAUACCAUUGAGGAAUCUGGGCUAAACAUCCUCAUGUGGUCAGGGAUUGGAAAUAAAAGAACUGGUUGGAUGCACGGACAUGUACCUCUCUCCAGUAACAGUGCAUUUAAAGUGGCAUUUGAAGCUGAUUUGGAUGGGAAUGAGGACAUUUUUAUUGCCCUUGAUGACAUCUCGUUCACCCCAGAAUGUGCCUUUGGAGGUCCUGUGUCACCACAGCCAUCAUUCUGUGAAGCCGAUCAAUUUUCUUGUAUCUACACACUCCAGUGUGCCCCUCUCUCAGGGAAAUGUAAUGGACAGGAAGAUUGCAUAGAUGGCUCUGAUGAGAUGGAUUGUUCUCUCAGCCCCCCUCCGCAGCAGUGCAGUAAAAUGGAGUUCCAGUGCUCCAGCAAUGAAUGUAUCCCAUCCCUCCUGCUUUGUGAUGGAGUGCCUGACUGUCAGUUUAAUGAAGAUGAAUCCAGCUGCUCGAACAAGAGCUGUCCGGAUGGUGCGUUAAGGUGCACCUCCUUGAACAGCUGUAUCCCAGUUGAGGAGCGCUGUGACGGUUUUGCCAACUGCUUGGACCUCCAGCCUGAUGAGUCCAGCUGCUCAGAAUGUCCAUUGGGUUACUGCAGAAAUGGUGGGAGCUGUGUAGUGGAGAAAAAUGGCCCUAUGUGUCGAUGUGGGCAAGGAUGGAAAGGAAAUCGAUGCCACAUCAAGGUUAACACUUCUGCAGAUUUCAUGUACACUCAGAAUAAUAUAUGGUCUCUCCUGGGGACUGGAUUAGCUUUCCUGACGAUUCACAUUACAGUUGCAGUCUUAUGUUUUCUUGCAAACAGAAAAGGACCAGCCAGGAAAGCUAAAGGAAGUGUUAAUCCAGUAUUUGUUAAUCUGGUUUAUGGGAACUGGAAGAAUCCAGAGAAAACAGAGAGUUCUGUAUACUCCUUCUCAAAUCCACUAUAUGGCAUAACAACAUCAGGAUGUCCGGAGACUAUAUCUAAUCAUCUGAAAUAGUACCAUCAAGAUCAACUAUGAUCUAGGGUAUGUAGUUUAUAGAAAGUUCUAGUCUGCGAAAUCUGAUGGAAACUCAUCUUAUGCAGCAGUAAAAAUAGAAGGGAUUUAGAAUACUAGUGUAAUUAUAUUUACAAAUAAAUGUUCUUACUGAUUAAAUGCUUUCAUGGAAUUUGAUUCAGAACCUUAUCUUCAUUAUGUAUCUGACUAUUUUAAUAAAAUGUUCUACUUGA